AAGAAAUCAUCCGUAUGUACUACGAGCACCAGGAAGAGGAGUAUACCGACUUCCUGUUUUCAAGAGGCGAACUUUUCAGAUAAAAUGAUGUGAUAUUUGUAGUUACUCGGUUAACAAUCUGCAGCGUCAAGGCAGUGUAUAUACGGCAACUGUGCAGAGCGGCCCGGAUCGGUCGUCUUUUAAAUGAUCUGGUAUCAAUCGGUCUGUCCAUUGUAAGAGGAGGCUGAAUUGAUAUUGACAGAUCAAAAUAUUGGGUGUCUGCCGUACGGGCUGAGUGUGAGGUUUGCGGAGCACGGUCAAGAUGCACCGCAGAGGUGUGGGAGCCGGCGCUAUAGCCAAGAAAAAGCUGGCAGAGGCCAAGUAUAAAGAAAGAGGAACGGUCCUUGCAGAAGAUCAGAUUGCACAGUCAGAAACUCAAAAUUCCCACCAGGAAGUUGCACUUGAAUGGCUGACAUUGUGGGGCUGCUGACUGGAAGAUUGAAGUUGGCGAUGUGGCAACGUGGAACUUCUCAGCUUAAAAGAAUGACACAUACUCUACCACUGCAACGGGCACUGCUAAAGCAACACUAUUCUGGCAUUUUGAAAUCUUCAUGAUAAAAAUCGCUGAGCCGUGGAUGUCCAAACAGCUGGAAACCUUCAAAACCCACUUAGAAGAGUUUGCCAGUAAGCAUAAGCAGGAGAUCCGGAAAAACUCCCAGUUUCGUGUGCAGUUCCAGGAAAUGUGCGCUACCAUUGGAGUGGACCCUCUAGCCUCGGGUAAAGGGUUCUGGUCAGAAAUGCUUGGCGUCGGGGAUUUCUAUUAUGAGCUUGGAGUGCAGAUCAUUGAAGUGUGUUUGGCCUUGAAACACAGAAACGGAGGACUCAUUACUUUGGAUGAACUCCAUCAACGAGUACUUAAGGGAAGGGGGAAGUUUGCUCAGGAUGUCAGCCAGGAUGACCUGGUACGAGCCAUCAAGAAGCUAAAGGCCAUGGGCAAUGGCUUCGGGAUGAUCCCCGUGGGAGGAUCUUACCUCGUACAGUCAGUCCCAGCGGAACUGAACAUGGAUCAUACUGUAGUCUUGCAGCUUGCUGAGAAGAAGGGCUAUGUGACAGUGAGUGAGAUCAAGGAAAGCCUGAAGUGGGAAACGGAGCGGGCCAGCCAUGUUCUGGACCACCUGCUGAAAGAAGGUCUGGCCUGGCUGGACACCCAAGCUUCGGGGGAAUCUCAGUAUUGGCUUCCUGCCCUCUUCUCUGAGCUGUCCUCGCAAGAUGUCACACCUGAGGAGGCCAAUCAGAUGGUCCCCUGAAAUAGUCUGUUUUAGCAAAUUGGAAGGAAGUUCAAAUGGAAAAAAGGUUAUUUUCUGCUUGUGAAAAGAUUUUCAAUGUAUCCCGAAUGAUAUAUAUGUAUAUAUUAUAUAUACACACACGUGUUUUUUUUUCAUAUUAGAUAUAUAUUUCUAAUUAACUGAACAAAACAUGGUGAAUGUUAUAUAAUUUUUAAAAUUCAUUUAGUUUUAUUUUAGCUGCAGAUUAAAGUUGAUAGCAAACAUUUUGUACUCAAUUUCAGUUUUCAUGUUUUUGUACAAACAGGCAAAGGAUUAACAUUUUAACCUUCUCUCUCCCUUUGUUCAAUAAACAUGUUAAUGGAGGAA